AGGCCUAGGUGUUCGCAUUACGCACCACAAACAAAAAGAACUUCGACGAGCUAGCUAACAAGAUAGAAAUUACAAUUAGGUUUCUUUUUCUUAUUCUUUUCCCUGUUACUGUUCGCAUCGAAUGGUAAUGGUUCUCAUCGUGCCGAGAACCAUUCCAGCACAUGAUGGCUCCUCGUUGUUGUCGUGUCAGCAAAAUAAAUUUCUACUUCGGUAUGACCCGAAAUGCGGUCGUCCGGGGUUGGAAUGGGUGGAGAGGUUGGUCCUCUUUCUGCACAGCGCCAGAGCUCCUGCCAGAAGUAACUCAAAAGCGGGUGAGCAGAUGAAUCAUCCACGACCAAAAGCAGUUCGAACCGCACUAGCACGAAGGGUUUCAGGUGAGUAUGCAGUCGCUUUAUCUAAUGUGCUGCCUGAACGCGAAAGCCCAGACGAGCGGGAAAGGGCCUCUGCUGAUGAACGACGUCGCGAACAAGGUGUUCAAUUCGGCCAUCAUAGAAAUUCAAGCUAUCUCUUGCUAUGCCAUACGGACGCGCUGAAUCACGUUGGUGACGACGAGGAGCUUUGUGCUCGGAGUCGUGACGGACGUGAAGAAGCUGAAGAUGCGGAUGAAGUACGAAACCAGGAUCAACAUCCUCAAAAAGACCACGCUGCCCAGAUGGAGGAAGACGAAGAUGUAAUCGCGCAAGAAGGACUAGGACGAGGACCCCGACCAGCAGAUGGUGUCCGUCAAGAAGAACAGGCAGAGACAACGACCGGAGUAGAGAAAAAUCAGUCUUACGCUGUGCAACAGCAUCGUUCUCAAUGAUCGGUAAAGGAGUGGUCAAUAAUUAUGCGUGCCGCAAAAUCAAACGAAGCCGAAAACUGCAACUGGCCUCGGGAUCAUGCAGUGCUGGCGAGACUUCUGCACAACGGCGGUGUUCGUAUUUUAGAAGGGAACGCUGUGUGAUGUGCGUCUGUUAUGUCAGUAUACUUCCUAGUAUGCGUACUGAAGACAUCGGCGAAGAUCAUAGAGAUUAUGCUUUUGCACGACCAAUGGAUACUGGAAAGUCCAGCACGGUUGAUGUUACCCCCGCACCAUUCGCAGAGCGGCAGGGCUGUGGGCAGGGACAGGAGCACGAUCGCAACGAACAUACUCUCGUCGACUGGGAUACCGUACAGGUCCUCUACCACAGAGAUACUGAGGACUUGAUAUCGCACAUCUGCCAAUUACACUUCGACAGCCCGCCGGCGGAGCAAGAGUUGGGAAAUGGUUGUGCUGACGACCAUUAUAAUUCUGUUGCCCCCGCUUCACCUGCCGCUGGCCUGAUCAUUCUCUUUCACCAGAUGCCAACCACAACGACCGUCGCUCUGGCCCUGGCACAAGCGAAGCUUGCGGGAAGACGCGAAAUCGCAUUUGCCGUGCCAGAGAAAGUGGACAUAGCCCGGACCACAACAGACGUGUUGCGUGCGGCGGGCUUUGUGGAGAUAAAGUUACCGUCGGGUUAGAUGUAGAAAUUCUUGACGACUUCUUUUCUGCUCCUACUGACUCAAAAACAAAAAUAGAACAGAACCAGCGCCAGUGGACGUAGCUGCUGUAUUCUCAGCACAAUUGCUUCUCGCGACUAUUUCUUUUUCUUUCGUUGUAGCGGGCGCACAACUGACCACGAAGCUACUUAGUACUUGAAGCGAGGAUUUUCUCGUCGCCUUUGCUCACCGGCCCCUGUCGUUCGCGUUCAGCCUCGGGCAUAGAAAACGAAGAAAAACAGCCCGCGGAGUUGUU